CUCUCUUUGCCAAUCUGCGUACCAGCCCCGAAUCUGUUGUAGUUUUCCUCUGUCCCCAGCGAAACGAAAAACGAAGGGACAGACACACACACACAGGCAAAGCUUUCCUGCACUGCCUGCGCUACCUGCUGCAGCAACGUCUCAAGGUCGUUCGUGCGAGGUAAAGAGGGACGACGAGCGUGGAGAUUGCGCUCAAGUUGCAACAGAUUCCCUGUUCUUAGUGUGGGCGUGCAGCAGGCGCUUUUCGUUAUGUCGGGUUAUGGAGGAGGGGGAGGGAGUGGCCGAUAUCGCGAUGGCGGAGGACCAGGGGGUGCUGUAGGGGAUCGAGGAGGCUCGCGAGGCGGGGUUGGGGGUGGCCAGCGGGGUGGUUUUCGUGACGGAAGUGGUGGAGGAAGAGGAGGUUAUGGUGGUGGCGGAGGUGUGGGAGGGUAUGGUGGUGGCGGAGGUGGGGGAGGGUAUGGUGGUGGCGGAGGUGGGGGAGGGUAUGGUGGUGGCGGUGGGCAUGAUCGGGGUGGUUCACGAGGAGGUGGAAGCGGAGACAGGAGCGGAGAUUGGACUUGCCUGAAUGCGGGCUGCGGGAACGUGAAUUUUGCACGACGGAUGGAAUGUAAUAAGUGUCAAGCCUCGAAGCCUCAAUCAGCAGCAGGAGGCGGAGGAGGAGGCUACGGUGGGAGGGAGGGUGGUGGAAACAGUUAUGACGAAGGUGGCCAGGGAGGAUAUGGUGGAAGGGGCCACGAUAGAGAGCAGGGGAGAGCAUAUGAAAGCCGCGGCGGAGGGUACGGGGCCCAACCAAGAGAAGACAUCACGGUGGAUGGUUCUAAGGACGUCCCUGUAAAGCAAUGUGAUGAGAACUGCGGUGACAGUUGCGAUAAUGCAAGAAUCUAUAUUUCAGGAUUGCCUCUAGAUGUGAAAGAAGAUGAACUACAGGAACUUUUUGGUGGUAUUGGACAGGUAGCAAGAGUGAAACAAAAGCGUGGUUACAAGGAUCAGUGGCCGUACAACAUCAAGAUCUAUCAAGAUGAAAGUGGGAAGAACAAGGGAGAUGCGGUGUUGAGCUAUGAAGAUCCUCACGCAGCACACUCGGCGGGAGGGUUUUUUAACGAUUAUGAAAUGAGAGGGCACAAAAUAAAAGUUGCGAUGGCUGCGAAAUCAGCUCCAAAACCGCCACCUCCGGCCGGAGGUGGAUAUCGGGGUGGGCAGCGCGGGGGUGGUGGUCCUGACAGACGGGAUGGUGGUGGAUAUCGGUCUCGUCCUUAUUGAGUGGAAGGCCAGAGGUAGCGAAGUGAGCAACCAUACUUGUCCCUUCUGGUUCCGUAGAAUUAACUGUGACUUGUUCCGCAAGAUGGGGGCGGUUGCAGACCUAGGUGAUCGGCUGUAAGUAGGUGAUGCUUUUUAACUGUUUGUGUACAUUGACUGGUUGCAGAAAAGCAUGGCUUUUAUGGGCUGAACGGAGCAGUUCCUCCAAAGAUUGUUUUCAUUUAUAGUUGUCUCGAGAUUUGCGUGCUUCGCAAGUAGGUUGUUAUAUGUGGAGCAAGUUGUUAUUGUUAGGGGAUGUAGAUUGAUGUUGCAGUGGUGGAUCCUUUUGUGCGGCAAGUCGGUGAUCACUACUAUUUCGUCGGGCUGUGUAUUGGACCAAGGAACAGGGGAUCCAAGGCGCUCUGAUUGUCGAAGAGUUUAUUUUCUUGUGGAAUCAAGGACUGGGAAUAGCCAAGAUGUGGAAUAGGUAGGUGGGCCGUCUGAGUUGUGCUGUGGGUUUGACCUAGGUGGCAUGAGUCGAAUUGCCGGGGGUCAGAGAGGUCUGAAUUGAAGUCUUGGUAGAGUGUUCCAGGUUUCUGCGGUGGUGCAUGUCUGAGCUAACCGAGAUGGGGUGACAUGUAUCAUGCUUUAUAAAGGCCGUGCGACAAAGCUGUCUUAUUCCUUGCGGAUUGAUGCACAUGA